CAAGCAGCAUGGCGGCCGUGGAGGCGCGCGUGUGCGAGACGGACGGCUGCAGCAGCGAGGCCAAGCUCCAGUGUCCCACCUGCAUCAAGCUGGGCAUUCAGGGCUCGUACUUCUGCUUGCAGGAAUGUUUUAAAGGAAGUUGGGCUACUCACAAGUUACUACAUAAGAAAGCAAAGGAUGAAAAGGCAAAGCGAGAACUGUCUUCCUGGUCUGUGGAGGGUGAUAUUAACACUGACCCAUGGGCAGGUUAUCGAUAUACUGGUAAACUCAGACCACACUAUCCACUGAUGCCAACAAGGCCAGUGCCAAGUUACAUUCAAAGGCCAGAUUAUGCUGAUCAUCCCCUAGGAAUGUCUGAAUCUGAACAGGCUCUUAAAGGUACUUCUCAAAUUAAAUUAUUCUCAUCUGAAGAUAUAGAAGGGAUGCGACUUGUGUGUAGGCUUGCUAGAGAAGUUUUGGACAUUGCUGCAGGGAUGAUCAAACCAGGUGUAACUACUGAAGAAACAGAUCAUGCUGUACAGUUAGCAUGCAUUGCAAGAAAUUGCUAUCCUUCUCCUCUGAAUUAUUAUAAUUUCCCAAAGUCUUGUUGUACCUCAGUGAAUGAAGUCAUCUGCCAUGGAAUUCCAGACAGAUGGCCCUUGCAAGAAGGUGAUAUUGUUAAUGUGGACAUUACUCUGUAUCGCAACGGUUAUCACGGGGACCUGAAUGAGACGUUUUUUGUUGGCGAUGUGGAUGAGGGAGCAUGGAAGCUUGUUCAGACCACGUACGAGUGUCUCAUGCAAGCCAUUGAUGCAGUGAAGCCUGGUGUUCGAUACAGAGAACUGGGAAACAUUAUUCAGAAACAUGCCCAAGCAAACGGGUUUUCAGUUGUUCGAAGCUACUGUGGGCAUGGGAUUCAUAAGCUUUUCCACACAGCCCCCAACGUCCCUCAUUAUGCCAAAAAUAAAGCAGUUGGAGUAAUGAAGUCGGGCCAUGUAUUUACGAUUGAGCCAAUGAUUUGUGAAGGUGGGUGGCAGGAUGAAACCUGGCUAGAUGGUUGGACCGCGGUGACGAGAGACGGAAAGCGGUCUGCUCAGUUCGAGCACACGCUGCUGGUCACGGACACUGGCUGUGAGAUCCUGACCCGGCGGCUCGACAGUGCGCGGCCUCACUUCAUGUCCCAAUUCUAGUUUCUCCUGCGUUGAGAAGAGACGUCUCCAUGUACCUUCUUACUGUACUGUGCAUUUUGUUGAGAGUACAGAAGGAAGAGGAAAUUUUUUAUGACUAGUUUUGUUUUGAUGAUAGAUAAGACUACAGCAUUUGCUAUGUGUCCUCAAGAACUUGUCUUGAGUCGGAACAGGCUGAGAAGAAUAAAGGAAACCUUGCUCAACUCAGUCCCUGCCCCCAUCUCUGCACACCUGUUUUCUCAUUUGCCCUUUGAGCACUUUUACUUAAACCUGCUUCUAGUUGCUUUUGUCACUGCCGCAAACCAGCCGUAAGGAGCCAGCUGCUUUCCAGGUGAAUGUUGAAGAUAAGCAUCCUUGGAACUUUAGCAGUUCUUUAGAUUUAUUUUGUAUUAUAUAUAUAUAUGGAAAUAUAUAUACAUUUUGAAUUCCAUAGACAUAAUUACGGAACACUAUGUGACCUGGGGUUUGUGCCGAUGCUGCUGACGGGGUUACUUGCUGUCGUCCGUGGACCCGUCCUUAGCAGUGAUCUGAUUCCUUCUUGGGAAUUGCCUCCCCCCUCCCAUGCUAAUUGUUUACCUGCGUUAUUGUGCAUAGGGAAGCACUCACUCAAUGCGACCAUCUCACCAGUGUGUACUGUGUGUGUGGCAGUACAUAAAUGUGGGAAAAGUCACUUUGGAAGAAGGUGUAUCAGGUUUUUUUGAGUCUAGUUUAUGGCAGAAAUGGCCAUGUGGCUGCACGACACGAGGAUUUUGUAAUACACUGCUUUUUCUGACCUCAGUUUUGUCAGAAAUGGGAGGGAAAAGCCUUCUUCCCCUCUAUUUGAUUUCAGAGGUAUGCCUUGGAGAUACUGAGAGGAGGGUGGAGGUUGCAC